AUGAGUGUGCUACUUUUUUUGGGUCGUCGCAUUGGAGGGCAGACUGUUUCUCUAGACCGUGCUGGCUGCAUCUUUCUGGGCAUAGUGCAGCAUGAGCUACUUCACUUGCUGGGCUUCCACCAUGAACAGAACCGCAGUGACCGUGACAGUCACGUCCAAAUCCUUUUUGAGAACAUAAUUCCUGUAUACAUUUUCUCUAGCCUGGAUACCCCUCACACUGUGUGUGUGUGUGGUUUCAGGUUUGCCUUCUCCAAGAAUAAGGAACCAACCAUCAUACCAGAUCCUGAUGGUAGUGUCUACAUUGGCCGAGCUGAGAAGAUGAGCACAAACGACAUACCAAGUAUUAACAGACUUUAUUGCAGUGUGUUUAAAACCCUACCUUCUAUUAAUCCAUAAAAAUAAAAAAAGAUGCCCUCUUCAAUGAAUAGCAGUGAUAAGUAUAUUAUGCUGUAUGUUAUUUCCAGAAGGGGACAAGCAGCACAAUGGUGCAUGCAUGAAUGUUGUUCCAGCACAAUUAAUCUGUUUUUCAUUCAUUUUAUUUCUUACAGAACACUUAUCAGAUUGAGUGAUGAUGUUUUUUUUUGUUUGUUUUUUUUUUGCAUUAAGUACAAUGUGCAAUUGUAUCUAAAAAGAACAUGCGUGAGCUCUGAGGCAUGCGUGAGUUCUCACAAUCUCGUGAGACAACGGGUGUGAUCUAAUGUGGCAGCGCUCUGCAAAUAAAGAACCAAACAAGUUCAGACCGUUCUAUUAUCCAUUAUAAUUUCCCUCACCUUUUUGAACACUGCAACCGAAAAAUUUCAUAGACGAAUACUUUUACAAACUGUCUAUCAUGCCACAACCACAAAGGAAACAACCACACCAGGAGUACUCAGCGGGCUCUGAGGAGGGCUCAACUACAGUAGAGUUGGGUGUCCUGGAAUCGAUCAGUAACAAACUGGCAAAUCUUGAACAGCUUCAUCAAGACAUUAAAGACCUAAAUGCCAGCCUCAAACUUAGUCAAUCCCAAACAGAAUUGCUACAAAAAGACAAUAAUGAAAUGCAGACAAAGAUUACAGUACUCACAGCUGUAAAAGUAUUCAAGCAUUCUGCACUUAAGCUCCCGAAAGAAACCGUUAAUAACAUCACCUUUCACCGCAUCGGAUCCAAAAACAACAACAACAACACAAACGCUAAACGCCCACGACCCAUCAUCACAAAAUUCAAACAUUACAAACAUAAAGAACUGGUAAAGAGUAAGUGUAGAGAACUGCAAGCAACUCACUUUGGACCUAAUGAGAGAUCCAGGAAAGAUGGAGAAUAGCCUACUCAUCCCCAUCAUGAAACAAUUCCACGAAAAAGGAAGAAGAGUUGCCCUUACCAUAGACAAACAUUAUGUUGCCGUUCAACUUUACAGAAAUGAUGCUACAUUCUGGUUAUAAGCCUCAAUAAGGAAACUUGUCUAUAACAUCGAUAAAUAUAGCAUAUUAAAAUGAACACCUGUCUGUCACUUUCAAAGUAUGUAAUUUGUGUAUUUGUCUGAAAAGAAAGGCCAGGGAGCCAUCCGGCCUGUCACUUUUUAGUCAGAUUAGUCAGCAUGCUGGUGAUGGUCGAAUAGUUAGGCACAAACCUAUGAUAAUAGCCAGCCAGCCCCAGGAACUGUCUCACUUCCUUUUUGGUCUUAGGUCUCAGGCAGGCCGCAAUCGCUGUGGUCUUAUCAAUUUUGGGGCCGCACCUGCCCAUGACCCAAGUGGAAGCCCAGAUACCAUACUUCCACUCGCCCAAUUGUGCACUUCUUUGGGUUUGCCAUGAGUCUCGCCCGUCUCAAUGACCUCAGGACAGCCCUCAGAUGCCGCAGGUGCUGCUGCAAAUCAUUACUGAAAAUGAUGUCAUCUAGAUAGGUGUAAGCAGUGUGGGGUCUGAGGAUUUUGUCCAUGAGCCACUGAAACAAAGACCAACCAAACCCUGAACAAACCAAACGGAAGCAUCACAAAUUGGUGUAAUCCGAAUGGUGUGUAAAAUGUUGUCUUUUCACAGGACAUGGGAAUUAAGGGGAUCUGCCAAUAUCCCUUCGUCAAAUCCAGUGUCGAAUAAAAGUGAGCCGCGCCUAACCGAUUGAGCAGCUCAUCAAUCCAGUACGCAUAAAAUGUAUACACCGCAUUGACUUUUCUAUAAUCUACACAGAACCGGAUUGAGCCGUCACUCUUAGGAACCAGAACCACCAGGCUGGCCCAGUCACUGUGGGAUUCUUCUAUUACCCCCCUAUCCAGCAUGGCCUUUUAUUAUUACCAAACCACUUCUUUCCUGUGCUCGGGUAAACGGUAGGGACAACUAUGUACCACUACCCCUGGGGUCGUUUCGAUAUGGUGCUCUAUGAGAUUCGUAUGACCGGGAAGAGGCAAGAACACUUCAGAGAAUUCUCCUUGCAACCUGGCAACCUCUGUGACUUGGGAUGGUGAGAGGUGGUCUCCACAAGUGACCAGGGUGACACGAUCAGUGGCUUUUAAGUUCACCUCAAGUAUGAGCUCCUCCCUCUCCAGAACCACAGUUGCUGUUUGAAGGUCCCUCUCCCAAUUUUCCCGUUGGACGUUGAGCACGCUGCAUGGCCAACGGCCAUACAAUAAUCCAAAUGGUGAGAACCCCGUGGAGGCUUGCGGGACCUCUCGCACUGCAAAUAAUAGGGGCUCGAGCCACUCAAUUUCAAUCGUCUUUGUGCACAUACUUACGAAUCAUAUUCUUUAGUGUCUGAUUAAAUAGUUCGACCAAGCCGUCUUUUUGGGGAUGUAAACGCUGGUCAGAAUAGAUUUAAUCCCCAAUAAUUCUUACAGUUCGCGUAGUGUACGUGACAUAAACGUAGUGCCCUGAUCAGUGAGGAUUUCUUUCGGAACCCACUCAGGAGAUUAUUCUGAAUAGUGCUUCCGCAACACUUACCACUGAAAUAUUGCUCAGAGGCUCUGCUUCCGGAUAUUGGGUUGCGUAGUCAACCAGAACCAACACAAAGCGAUGCCCGCGUGCGGUCCACUUUAAUGGAAAUUGAAUAGUGACCGUCACUAAAGGUUAAUAUUGUAUAUCCCCGUGUACACACUUUACCUUCACCCGCUGGCCUGUAUCCAAAGCCUUGGACUGAACCAAGCUUUGGUGAAUGGAGGUUUGAUUACAACCUGAAUCCACCAAGGCUUGGUAUGUACCCCCCUUAAUACUCACAGGUAUCCGGUAAGCUCCUGCUCGAUCUGGGGUGGACUGUGGCACGUAGGGGAUCUGGACCAAUGUCUACACCUCCAUCAUGGGGCAUCGGCCCUGGAAGUGCCCAGGCUCCCCGCAGCUCCAGCAGACCAUCCCAGACUUCAAACCCACAGCAGCGGAUUCACCAGCCUAUGUGGGAGAGAUUUAGGGCAAACCGGCAGGUUGAACGGUCCACGGGACUGGUUUUUGGGGCAUGAUUCCACAUUUCUGGGGAACUGGAACAGGACAGGGGGAAGGAGAGGGGGAUGGAGGAGAGAAAGAGAGAGAGGAAGAGGGCUCGCCGGCCCCCGGAUAUGCCGCCAUAUGUUCCUCAGCCAGCAUGACUGCCUCGUCCAGCAACGCUGGCCGGUAGCACUGGACCCAUUCCGCCGUCCCUUUCGGUAGUCGGUUGAUAAACUGCUCCAGUCUUACCAGGUUGACUACUGCCACGGCGUCACAUUCGGCUGCCAGCAGCCACCGCCGGCAGGGGUCAUGGGGCUGUUGGGCAAAGGUAAAUGGGUGGCCAAGCUCACGAAGUGUCAGCGAGCGGAAGCACAGGUGGUGCUACUCUGUGCUGCGGUAAACCCGUUACAAGAUGGCUCACUUCAAGUCCUGAUACCUCAGUGACUGGUAAUUGUUGGGCUGCCAGUUGCCCUUCUCCUGACAGCAGUGGCAGCAGGCGGACCGCCCACUGGGACUCUAGCCAUCCUGCUGCUUCCACCACACACUCAAACAGCUCCAUGAAGGGGGCCUGGGUAGCUCAGUGGUAAAAGACGCUGGCUACCACCCCUGCAGUUCGCUAGUUCACUAGUUCGAAUACCAGGGCAUGCUGAGUGACUCCAGCCAGGUCUCCUAUGCAACCAACUUCGGAGGGUUGCUAGGGAGGGUAGAGUCACAUGGGAUAACCUCCUCGUGGUCGCUAUAAUGUGGUUCGUUCUCGGUGGGGCACGUGGUGAGUUGAGCGUGGAUGCCGCAGUGCAUGGCGUGAAGCCUCCACACACGCUAUGUCUCCGUGGAAAUGUGCUCACAACAACCACAUGAUAAGAUGCGCGGGUUAGCAGUCUCAGACGUGGAGGCAGCUGGGAGGCAGCUCCAUGAAUGACUCAGUGUCGUCCUCUGGUCCCAACCUGAUGAGUGUGAAGUAGGCUAUGGUGGGGGUGGUGACCGAGGUCGCGCCGGUGGAAUCCUCCUGGGGUAUCAAAAUCUGUAGCACCUGCUGAUCCUCUGCUUGAGCUUGAAGGAUGACCUGAAAUCGCUGCUCCUGUUCCUGGCGCACCUCAAGCAGAGCCUGAUGUUGCGUUUGUUGGAUGCUGGCGAGGGUUUUGAUUAGAUCAGCAAAGAGCGAAUGACAUAAAGGCGUAUCUUCCUCCGAAUUCCCGGGUUUCGGCACCACUGUAACAAGUCUCAUGUUCUCUUCUCAAGGAGGAAGCAAGGGCCAGGUAAAUAUUCUAUGCAAGUCUUUUAUUUUACACACUUUUCAGUGUAACACAACAGGGUUUGCUUUUCAGCACAACACAAAACACACAGAACAACUCUGCUUCGUGUGUCUCCCUCCCCUCCGGUGGUCUGGAUUGCCCUUUUAUCCCUCUCCAGCUCUCACUGCAACACAAAACAGCUGUUAGAGAUCAUUUUCCACAGGUGUCAAUAUUUACCGCUCUUCCUCUCCCAGCCUCACUCUCCAUAGACGUUGCUCAUCCACGCCCACAUCACCACACUGACAUUCCACAGAAAUCAUGAAAAAAUACAUGGCUGAGUUUGGCCUUGGCAAUAGCUGGAGACUUACAAAUCCUACCUCAAGGGAAUACACGUACUUCUCACCUGUCCAUAAAUCACAUUCACGCAUUGAUUAUUACUUUAACAAGUAAUUAAAGAUACGCACGCUUUAAACGCAAUGAUAAAUCAGGAAAAUAUCUUGCCAACCUACUUUAUCACAACAGAGAAAAAAAACACUCACACCUUCAAUUAAGAACUUAGAGGGAAAGAUACUCCAUACUUUACAAGACAUAAAUGACACCUUUUGGAUAUUCUACAAAAAUGUAUACAGUAAUAAAACAGAACAAAACUAUAAAGACACUGUUAUUUAAAAAUAUAAUAUAGUUCUACCCAGUUUAAACAUAGCCCAAAGAGAAUCACUAGAAGAACCAAUAUCAGAGAACGGAUACAGAAAAGCUAGAUUCAUUUUCAAAUAAUAAAUCUCCAGGUUUUGAUGGUUAUCCACUAGAAUUCUGCAAACACUUUUUGUCAAUCAUAUCGCCAUUAUUCUUGAGAAUGAUAACAGAAAUUAAAAACACCUCCUCUAUUCUACUUCACAUGUAUACAGCACUAAUUUCAGUCUUAAACCUGCUUAAACCUAACAAAUACCCAACAUAAUGCACCAGAUAUCACCCAUUGUCUCUUAUCAACAUAGAUUUAAAAAUAAUUAGUAAAGCUUGCAUACCUUGAAUCAGUAAUUUCAUGUCUUAUCCAUUCAGACCAAACAGGUUUCUUCAAGGGACGGCUGUAGCAGCCAAUAAUAUAAUAACUACCGUUAAAGUUGCAGUAUGUAAGAUUCAGAAACCCUUGUUAUUAAUGACACCUGUGGCGGUUAAGGGAACUGCAGCCAGCUACCUUUGCUCGUGCUCGUGCUCGUGACGUAAUGUACAAAGAGUCUGAACGUGAUUCACCGGCAUUAUGCUGACAGAUGAGGCAGCAUAAUUAAAAUUACAGUUAUGAUUGUUUUACUACAAACUUUGAUACUGCAUAUUAUAUUUGGUGGAUGAUGACAGUAGCUGUUUAUAUAAUAGGCUGUACAUUAUAAAUAUGUUGACAAAAUUCAGUAUUGAUGUGAUUCCAUCACAACUGUCAUUUUGAUGUAUCGAUGCGCUAUUGUUUUAUAAUAAUAGAUUUUAUACAUUUUCUGUAUAAUCAAGUUACAUUACACUGAUGAAUGGGUCUUUUUGCAUUGCUUGAACAUUGUCUAGCAUUCAUUUCAUGUGUUAUUUUAGUUUACCUUGCUGAAUAAUUACAGAUUAACAUUGUUUAUGUCAGUUCCUGUGAAUCGGCAUACCUCAAAUAUGGAAAUAUAUAUAAAUAAAUAUAAAAAUAUCAGUUUCAUAAUAUUUCAUUGUUUUAAUUUCAGGAAUCCAGUUCAGAAAUAUAUGCAGCUCCAACAGAUGAAAGCAGUGACAGUGAUGAUAGAGGAAGAGGGAGGGCAAGAGGAAGUGGUCAUGGCAGAGAUGCAGGUGGAGUGCGGGGCAGGGGAAGAGGCAGAGCCUGGGGGAGGGGGAGGGGAAGAGCAGGAGCCAAUUAUGUUACGGAAGAGGACAGACUCCGGGUCACACAGCUGACUGCUGCCAGGACAGCAGAGAUGCAGGCUGGUCAGACAUAGAUCUUUGUUUAUAUAUAUAUAUAUAGGGGUGUAAAGGUACACAGAAGCCACGGUUCGGUACGUACCUCAGAUUUGGGGUCAUGACAGGUCCCAAAUCCCAAAUGCUAGGUUGCUUUUCAUUUAUUUUGAACAGACAGUAGUGCAAAUUACAGUUUGUUCCACCUAGCAGCAUUUAGUCCCCCCUGAGGUAGUUGGUACAUUACAGCCUCCUUUAGUGUAUUAAGCACUAAGCAGUAAACAGAAUGCACUCUUGCAUAGGCCAUAUUUUUUGUAGGGUUGAUCAAAAACAAAAGGUAUUUGGUCACAAUCAUCUACAAAACUGAAAAGCAUCUCGUGUUAUAAAAGUACAAAAUAAAUAGAAUAAUGAAAAGUAAAACUUGUGCAUUAGGAGAAGCCAUUCUUGUUCUGGGUUGGUGCAUAGAUGGUCUCUUCUUCUUGUGCUCUUUUCCUGUUGUGGCAGUUAGCAAACAGUGUUGCAUUACCGCGCGCGCCUCCUUCUGGAUUGGAGUGGAUCGCCUGUGACUGACGUAUUCUCAUCUGACUGCAUGCACCGAACCGUUAUAGAGAAUUGCAACAACUGUCCCAGGAAGAAAGGGAUGAAGAUCUGCAGAUGGUGGUCACACGUCUGCCAGGGGUUUUUCUGGACAUUAUGGAUUACCGGAGAACAACAACAGGAGCAUAUGUUCAAAACAGGGGACAACCUGCUUGGUGCACCUGCCUGAACUGCCGGCUUAUGCUGACAGAUUUAGAAAACAAAUGUAGUGGUGAAAAUCCAGAGAGGUGUCUCAGCAGGAAGGCCCAUAUGGAACUUUAUUGUAUUGAUGAGGGCAUCCUACGUUUGGCAGACAUGGAAUGACAUUCUUGCACUCACUGACAGACAGGACCCAGGGGUAGAUAACAGAGAGUAUCGGUACUCUGCAUAUCGCCAGUUCACCAUCUGGCAACAUGAACGUCUGGGAACCAGGAACAGGGUGGUAAUACUGAGCUGCUGCGUGUGGCGAAUAAGAGACAAAUUCCCUGACCCCUUUAGCAACUAUGUUGGCUACAAGGAAGCACCAUUUAGGUGAAAUUAAAAACUGUGUGUGGUAUUCCUGUGUGUAAGUUUUUCCAACAUAAUUAAUAAAAAACAAUUAUUUGUUCUACACUGUAUUUUAUUUUAUAAAAGUAAAAAAAAACAACAACACAAAAGUAUACACAAUCUAUAUUUACA